AUGCUUGGUACUGUUUUUUUGUUCUUUUGUCAAACUUGUCCUGGCUUAGGGAGAGUAGUUACACACUAUAUUGCAUCAUAUCCUGCAGAGGCGAAGAAUAAUAAAAGACAGAAGUGUGUGGAAGUGGGAAUUAGGCUAUCACUGCAGUGUCGGCUUACUCUUCUCCCCUUGACAUGCGUUUUUGAUGACGAAUGGGCGCUGACUCUGGUAUUAUUUCUUCUCUCUCGUGUUUUAAAGGCGCUUUUGGAGGUUUUUCUGCAUUGCCAAGGAUCAAUGAUAUCCCCAUUGAUUUUGUGGGCAAGAGCACAUCAGAAGCAGCCGCAGGAUGAGUCACCAAGUGAGGCUGAUAUUGUUACACCUCUUGUUCAAUGCUUGUGUGCUCUUGGUGGGUGUAACUGUGUAAGCGCCAAGAAUAUUGUACGGCCCAUACGAGAGGGGCAGGAGGAUAACAACAAAUUGAUUAUUCACGCAGUGCAUCGUCGGCGUUUGUACCUCCACUAUGCACGGGAGCUUUCACAGGUUUCUGAUGUACACGAAUACUAUAGGUUGAUGAUGUGGUGCUAUGAUCAGCGUGUUUUUAUUCAUCCUGCAUUGCGCAUGCGCAGGCACCAAACUUCGUACCGUGAUCACAUUUUUACUGUGUCGCAGGACAUUGAUCGGUUGACCCCACUGCUUGCCAUCCCGGAGGCGCUUGCUAUUGGAUUUAAGGACGCUGGAAACGAGGAGGAUUUUGGGAGCGACUUGAGGAAUGAAAAGCGCGAGGAGGAGUUCAAUGAAUUGAACUCCGGGAAAGGAACUGACGCCGAUGUGUGUCGCUUUUUCUUUGCCUCACUGGGUAUGAUUGUGUCGGAUCUUGUGGCAGCGAAAAGUAGUCCUCUUACAGAUCCUCGAUGGGUUUUUGCGGAGAUUAUGGGAAAGGUGCGAACUCUCAAAAAUGCUCCCUAUUUUGAGGAUGAUGUGGUUUUAGACUCUGAGGCGACAGGCCUGGCUGAUGUGUUACUUCAAAUGAUUCGUAAUUAUAUCAAUGGGGGACCUCUUGUGGGAAAAUUGGACCGUGCAGAGCUUCGCUGGGCGGUGAGUGUGUGUCUGUCACACUCCACACCUCUUGUCAUUGCAUCUAUAAGAUCUAUUGGCAUAAUACCCAUUGUUCACUUGUUUCCACAUGGUGGGAAGGAAACGAAUUCCUUUCUUGUUUGUCGCACGAACCGACCGGCCUCCACUGAGCGAAUUGCGGCGUAUUUUAAGAAACACCAUGGCUAUGACUUUAUGCAUGAUAGAGAAGGAAAAUGGAUUUACCUUGUGCCGUCACGUCCUCUGAAGUCUGGGGAGGAGAUUCGAGUACAGACCAUGGCUCCAGUUUGUGGAAACGACUCGGAAGCCGAGAAAAUUUGGCGACUUUCAUGCGCUACAGCUCCUGAGGAAUACAUGAGUUCUUUUGCUGUAGCGCAAAUGCAGCGACGUCUUACACGUGAACUCAUCGAAAAGGGAACUGACAUCCUUGACAAAUGA